AAGGAUACACAUUAGUAUCAACAAUACUUCCAGCCGAUAACAUCGGUCAGUUAGUACACGUAAACUUGGAUCAUUAAAGUUAUUUGACUUUGGUCAAUAUUUUUGUAAUUGAUUUUUGAUGAUUAUUUUACGGAAUGAAAAUGUUCAAAAUAAAGUUGUGCAUCAUUGGCAUCAUCUUUGUGAUGGGAAUAGUAAAGUGUAAUGGUGACAAUGAAACACUUUCAAACGAAGCACCGGAUGUGAUUCUAAACUUCCCGAAAUACCUGGAAAUGGCUCUCAAUUUAGAAAUGGGUGUAAAUGAUCAAGAGCACAUUUUUUCACAGAAUGCGUAUUUUAGAGGAAGCUUGCUUUGUUUUCGAGAUUUCCUUCACAUUUUUGCCGGAUUGAAAAAGAAACAAAUGUGGGCUAUUCGAGUAUUUGAUUCGUGGGGGAAAUUUCCAUCAGGCAUCCUAUCUGGUAAUAUGUAUGACCUUGGUGAUUUUGAUGAAUGCUUAAAUAUUGAUGAACCAGAUCAAUUUAUUCCACGAUAUUGUUUGGCACGUUUAUCGAGAGAAGAGCUUGUGAUGCCAAGCGAAUUAAUUCACCAUAAUUUUAAAUCACUUACAGAUUUUGCAAAACUGAAACGACCACAGCCAAGAAUUGUACCGACAAAAUCGAAUAUGCUUGGAUUGAGCUUUGGCAUUUGCGUGCCAAAAUCAUGUUCAAAAGAAAAUAUGGAACAUUUAUUUGCCACAAUUCAAAAGAAAAUUUUAAAGGAUAAAGCACUUUUAACAAUAGUUCCGAAUACUUGUCAAGUCAACGAAGAUCGAAAUUGGAAUUUAAAUGUAGCCGACUCAGCCGUAUUAGCAUUCAUUGCGUUCAUGGCGUUCAUUAUGAUUUCAUCGACCAUAUACGACAUAUAUCAAACUCGAAGAGAUAGGGAAAAAGACUGCAUUUUCAUUGCAUUCUCAAUGUAUACAAACGGCCGAAAAUUGUUUGCAUGCAAAACAUCAAGCUGCGAACAUUCAAUAGAAUGUUUGACGGGAAUUCGAGUACUUUCAGCAUUAUGGGUUAUUUAUGCACAUGCCAAUGUAAUGACAAUGCUCGCUCCAGUUGUUAAUUUUGCAUACAUUCCAGAGUACGUAUCAAAAUACUCUACAAUUGUUCUUUUGCUCGCGCCAUUUUCGGUGGAUAGCUUUCUCUUUCUUAGCGGCCUCUUGAUUACAUGGUCAAUGCUCAAACAUUUAAAUAAAACGAAUGGCAAAGCUAAUUAUGUUAUGAUAUAUGUUCAUCGAUACCUGCGCCUUACACCCAUUAUGGGAAUUGUUAUUUUGAUCAGUUUAACUCUUUUCAAAAAGAUCGGCUCUGGUCCACUUUGGUAUUCGUACAUUUUACAUGCGAUUAACUGUGACAAAUAUUGGUGGUCGUCACUUUUGUAUAUUCAAAACUACUACAAUGCGGAUGCUAUCUGCUUAUCACACACAUGGUAUUUAUCGGUUGAUAUGCAAUUGUUUUUGUUUGCACCGUUGAUUGGAUAUUUAUUGUAUCGUGGUGGAUACAUUGCCGUUGCAUUAAUUGCAGCAUUAGUUGGAAUUUGUGUUGGAUGGACCUUCUGGCUUUACAAGGCAUUUGAACUUAUUAAUCAAGUGUUGAAUAUUACAAAUGAUAUUCAAGAAACAUUCAUGUUAACCUACUAUCCAACACAUGUACGAAUGUCUCCUUGGUUGAUCGGUACCGUGUUCGCUUAUUUACUGUUCAAAAUGAAUGGAAGGAGACAGAAAUGGCAUAUUGUUCGCGUCAUCGUUCAUUGGGUAUUAACGGCCGCUAUUUUUGGUGUUCUCGCAUAUUUUUCAUAUGAAUUACAACAAAUGGAUCAUAAAGCCAAUUCAACUGAGUCAGGCAUUUAUACGGCUUCAAGUCGAGUUGGAUGGAGCAUAUUUUUAUGCAUGGUGGUUUAUGCCUGUGUUUGUGGAUAUGGGGGACCAAUCAAUUGGUUUUUGUCACUUCCAAUGUGGCAACCUUUCGCUCGUUUAUCCUACGCCAUUUACUUACUUCAUAUGCCUAUCAUGUUGGCAACAGCAGCAUCUACACACACGCCAUUAUAUUUUUCUGGACGAAAUAUUCUUUUCAAAUUCUUCGGUGAUUUUAUUGCUGCCUUGCUGUUAAGUAUAAUUGUAUCAUUGGCAUUUGAAUCACCAAUUAUUGUACUUGAGAAAAUUCUUUUCGGUUCAAAGAAAAAAUCGAAUUUAAUGCCAUUGAGCGAGAGACAGCAAUCAACUGCACCACGAAUUAGCCACACUCGUUAAAUUACGGCGUAGAAUAAAUCAAGCAAAAAUGAACCAGAAAAAUAUCAUCAUAUUUCGUUAGAUAGAUUUCGUAACAAAUAGAAAUUGUAAA